AAAAUAUUGGCAGGAGUGGAAGUAAGCAUUAACCAAUAACGAUACAUGCUGGUUACUCUGCGUAGCAGAGUUUGGGUUGAGUUAUCACUCCUAUAUAAGAGCAACAAGAAGAACCAUCCCUCAUAUACUUUCUCAUAUAAGGAGACAAAAUGUCUAAAGUUCGUAAUACAAAUAGUACUUUCAACGCAUACGGAAGAAGUGCACCUUCCGAUAGUUAUGUCGAUUAUAUUAUUUAUAGAAGAGAAAUGUUAGAUAGAUUGAAAAGAGAAUACGAAAGGAACCGAAAUCGUGAUAACGAUUCAAAUGAUACUGCUGGUUCUAAAGUUAUUGAAGUAGACAGUGUUGAAUUGUAUGCCAGACAAAACGCCGAAGUACACCACACUAAACGUUACGAAAUCCUGAAAGUUAAAACUCCUUCACCUGUUUUAAGACGUGGCAGCCCUUUCUUCUUAGCUAUCAGAUUCAGAAGACAGUACGAUUCUAACAGAGAUUUAAUCAAAUUGGAAUUUACUUUCGGUCCAAAACCUAAUUUGAGCAAAGGUACUUUAGUGCAACUCGUCUUCUCUAACAAAAAGGAAUUUACUAAAAGUUCUCAACAUUGGGAUGUUCGUUUACACGAACAGAAUGGAAACAACCUCUCUAUGCAAGUGCAAGUCCCUCCCAGCAUAAGUAUUGGCGUAUGGAGAUUAAAAAUUUUAACACAGGAUUUCGAAAGAACUAUUUCACCCGUCAGUUAUUUGUGCGAGGAAAAUAUUUACUUCCUUUUCAAUCCUUGGUGUCAAGAUGACCCAGUAUAUAUGGAAGAUGAAAACUUUAAAAAGGAAUAUGUAUUAAAUGACACUGGAAAGAUCUUCGUUGGUUCGCACUCUAAUCCAAGAGGAAGAAGAUGGAUUUAUGGACAGUUUACAGAUUCUGUAUUGCCAGCUUGCAUGUUUCUACUCGAAUUAACAAAUUUGGAUUAUACAGCAAGAUCAAACCCGAUAAAAGUCGUUCGUGCAGUUUCCGCCAUUGUUAAUAAUAAUGACGAUAACGGAGUAUUAAUCGGAAACUGGUCUGGUAAAUACGAAGACGGCACUGCACCGUGGAUGUGGACUGGAAGCGCCGCCAUCUUGGAAGAGUAUAUAAAAAGCAAAGGAAGGGCCGUACGAUACGGACAGUGUUGGGUAUUUGCUGGAGUUACAACAACUGUGUGUCGCGCUUUGGGUAUUCCAUGUCGAACUGUUACAAAUUAUGUUUCUGCCCACGAUUCUGACGAAACUAUGACUAUUGAUAAUUUUUAUGAGAAAAAUGGAGAAAAAAUAGAAACAAGUGAUUCAAUUUGGAAUUUCCACGUUUGGAAUGAUUGUUGGAUGGCAAGACCCGAUCUUCCAUCCGGUUAUGGAGGCUGGCAAGCUAUCGAUGCUACGCCACAAGAAAGAAGCGAAGGAGUUUAUCGUGCUGGCCCAUCUUCGCUCGUUGCCAUACGUCGUGGAGAAAUUGGCUAUAUGUUUGACACUCCAUUUAUAUUUUCUGAAGUAAAUGCUGAUAUUAUAAACUGGCAGAGAGAUGAAACUUCAGAUCUUGGUUGGAAAAAAAUGGCAAUUAAUAAAUAUCACGUUGGAAAGUUACUUGCGACAAAGUCAGUCGGAAUCGAUGAUACUCGAGGAGAUAAAGAUUUACAAAAUAUAACUGAUGAAUAUAAAAGAAAAGAAGGAACUAUCGAGGAAAGAAUGACCGUCAGAAAUGCUAUUAGAUGCGGAGGAUUAAAUUUCAUAUACGAUAUACCAUCCGUGGAGAAAGAAGACGUCAUUCUGGAUCUUCUCGACAUUGAACAAGUGAUGAUAGGUGAACCAUUUAUGGUAACAGUCACGCUGGAGAAUAAAAGUGAUGAGCAAAGAACAGUUUCGGCUGUUUUAUCGGCCAGUAGUGUUUACUACACCGGUAUAGUAGCCGCUAAAAUUAAGAGAGAAAAUGUCGAAUUUAUGCUGAAACCAAAACAAAAGGAAGUCCUCCAAAUAAAAGUAACUUCUGACGAAUACUACGAUAAGUUAGUAGAUUACUCUAUGAUAAAGAUAUAUGCCGUUGCAACAGUUAAGGAAACCAAACAAACAUGGUCUGAAGAGGAUGAUUUUCAAGUGAUCAAACCUUCUGUCGAUUUAGAAAUUGAAGGAACUCCAAAAGUAAACCAACAAUUCGGCUUGAAAAUGAGUUUUACAAAUCCCUUAGACAGAAAAUUGACUGAUUGCACAGUUUCUAUCGAAUGCCCAGGAGUUACCAUGUCCUAUCGUUUCGAUGUCAGAGACGUGAAACCCAAAGAAACAUUUGUUUAUCGCGAGCGCCUGAAACCCCAGACAGAAGGAAGCACCAAGCUGGCUUUGGUGUUUAAUUCGCGACAGUUGAACGAAUUAACUGGAUCUAUCGAAUUGGAUGUCGAAACUUAAACUGUUCACGUUUAUUAUAUUUAUAAAUCU